CGCGGGGGCGGGGCGAACGGGCUGCUUCAUCGUGAUUGACAUCAUGCUGGACAUGGCGGAGCGGGAAGGAGUCGUCGACAUCUAUAACUGCGUGAGAGAGCUGCGAUCUCGCAGAGUCAACAUGGUGCAGACCGAGGAGCAGUAUGUCUUCAUUCAUGACGCCAUCUUGGAGGCGUGUCUCUGCGGCGACACCACCAUCCCAGCCAAUCAGCUUCGCUCUGUUUACUACGACAUGAACCGAUUGGAUCCUCAGACCAACUCCAGUCCAAUCAAAGAGGAGUUCAGGACGCUGAACAUGGUGACGCCGACGCUGCGUGUGGAGGACUGUAGCAUCGCUCUGCUGCCGAGGAAUCAUGAGAAGAACCGCUGCAUGGAUGUGCUUCCUCCUGACCGCUGCCUGCCCUUCCUCAUCACCAUUGACGGAGAGAGCAGCAACUACAUCAACGCCGCGCUCAUGGACAGCUACAAGCAGCCGUCUGCGUUCAUCGUUACCCAGCAUCCUUUGCCAAACACAGUGAAGGACUUCUGGCGUCUGGUUCUGGACUAUCACUGCACAUCUAUCGUGAUGCUAAACGAUGUGGAUCCGGCGCAGCUGUGUCCGCAGUACUGGCCGGAGAACGGUGUUCAUCGUCACGGGCCGCUGCAGGUGGAGUUUGUGUCGGCGGAUCUGGAGGAGGACAUCAUCAGCAGGAUCUUCCGCAUCUACAACGCUGCACGGGUGUGUUUAUUUUAGUUAAUAUUUCAAUCAUUUUAUUAACACAUUCACAUGGCCACGGUUGUCU